GAAUGCAAAUUUAUGGUACCAGAUAUCAAGUAUCUUGGAUUCAUCGUGACCAAUGGAGGUGUACAAUCAGACCCAGAACAUGUUGAAGCGAUUGUGGUAUACCCACGCCCAGUCAAUACAAAAAAAUCUACAGCGAUUAUAAGAAAUGAGUUAUUUUUAUCACCGGUUCUUCGCAAAUCUAGCCCACUUGCCGGCACCUCUAUGAUAUACAAAUUACUACAAAAAAGCGAGGAAUGGCAGUGGCAUACAAAGAAGAAGCAGCCUUUCAAGAUAUCAAAUACGACUCAUUGAACUUCCAAUGCUAGCAUAUUAUCCCGGCCCUAACUUGCCAUACGAUCUCCAUUGUGACGCUUCGGAUGUCGCCAUUGGAAGUGUUUUGUCAAAACUCAAGACCAGUUGCCUAUAUGCUAGCAAAACGUUGGCACCAGCCAAGAAGAAUUAUAGCGUGACUGGAC